UCUGGCCCUGCCCCGGGGCUCCAGCUCCGCUCCGCGCAUCCCCGGCCGCCCCCGGGGCAGGAUGGUUCCCAUCGUCCUGGAGGUGACCUGCAGCUUUGUCACCUGGCUGUGUCUCUACAGCUGCCUCUGCCACUGGAGCAGGCAGCGUUCCUGCAAGUGGAGCUGUCGCCUGGUCACCCUCCUGCACGGGCUCAUUGUCACCUUCCUCUCCGGCUAUGUCGUGUUCCUGGAUGGCCCCUGGCCUCUGACACAUGCAGGUUCACCAAACACCCCUCUCCAGAUCCAUGUGCUGUCCCUGACCUUGGGCUACUUCAUCUUUGACCUGGGCUGGUGCCUGUACUUCCAGACAGAGGGGGACCUGAUGCUGCUCCACCACACCCUGAGCAUCUGUGGCAUGAUCCUGGUGCUGGGGCUGGGCAAAUCCGCCACGGAAGUGAACGCUGUGGUGUUUGUCAGUGAAAUCACCAACCCCCUGCUCCAGACCCGCUGGUUCCUGCGGGAAAUGGGCUCUUACCACACUUUCCUGGGAAAAGUGGUGGAUUUCCUCUUUGUGCUGCUCUUCCUGGUGCUGCGGAUCGGGGCAGGAGCGUGGAUCAUGUAUGGGAUGGUGACAUCCCCCGAACCCAACUGGCUCCUCAAGGCUGGGGGCCUGGCCAUGUACGUGGUGUCCUUGGGGUUCAUGGUUGAAAUUUGUCGCUUUGUAAGGAGGAAAUUGUGGAAAAAAAGCCCUUCCCUGGACACACAACCUUUCCAGAAGUAGGAGUGCAGCUGUGGGAA